AUGGCGCAUUGGAGUGUAGAUCAAGUUGGCGAAUGGUUGAGAUUAAUUGGCUUCGAGAAACAAAUAACGACAUUCAAGGAUCGACACAUCGAUGGUAAUGCUCUGAAGCAGUUAACCAUACAUAAUGUUCCGCAAAUAUUGAUUAUAACGAAUGAAGAAGAUCAAACAAUUAAGAAACCUACGAUUGGAGAAAUACGUCGAUUUCAAGAAUCACUUUGGGAAUGGAAAAAAGAAAAUUUGAGCAAAUUAUCAUUGACAAUUACUCCAUUGAAAAGCCAAUGUGUUUCAACUGUAGAUGAUUAUAAUCAGUACAAAUAUUUGAUUGACGAUUCUAUUCAUGUUGAUUUUUUUAAAAAUCCAAAAUUCAGUUCAUACUUGAUCAAUUAUAUACAACAAGAAUCAUUUCCCAUUCAAAUACAAAUUCAAAAAUUACCAGAAACAAGUGAACAGCCAUUGUCUAGUUACACGAUAGAAUUCUUAUCAAAGCAACAAGAAGCAAAACAUACUGAAAUACAAGUUAAUACUAUUUUAGUUAGAACAUCGCUUCAUAAUCCAAGGGCAAUCAAAGUCAUACAAGCAAUAAUGGAUAAUGAAAACGAUCUAUUUACUGUAUGUAAAUUCAAUGAUACACAUGGUAACGUUUUAGAAAUUUACUUUUUUAAUGACAAAAAAUUCAAUGGUUUUGAAAAUACUUUUGGAAUCGAUCAAGUAAUUCAAAAUAACAUUCUACGAAUAGUACUAGUAUUAAAGUUGAAAUACAAUACAAAGCUGAGAGUCAGAACACCCAAGAAUGUUAAGGAAGAUGCUGAAGACAAUAUACUUUUGAAACAUCAAAAUCAGCAAGCACUACGACUUCAAGAAGAAUUAAUCAAAGCUAUAAAUGAUUAUGAUCAAGAAAAUGAAAUGCUCUCUGUUAUACAUCAUCAUAUAGUAAACAAGAUGGGAAACAAAAAUAUACAGCAUAUCCGAAUAUUUGGCAAUAUUACAUUGGUUUAUGAUAUGGUCAAACGAGUUCAAGAUAUUAAGAAUAGAUAUUGCUUAACAAAAUAUCCUUUGAGCGAAAUGAACUCAAAACAAAUCAACUAUCUUUUAAAUGUAUGUCGUCCGGAAUUGAAAGCAAUUGAGAAGAAAUUUAAAAAUGAUCAUGUGCAUUUCAGUAUUCGACAAAAUGUAUUUUAUGCACCACCUUAUUUAAAAGAUGACAUUGAAUGUGACAUAAGCACUCUACUAUCACAUAUGACAACAGCUACAUUCAAAGCCACUGACUUUUAUUACGAUAACGCAAAACGAGCAAGCUUACUUUUUCGAACAAUUGCUCAAAACAAUCAUUGCUAUUGCAAUUUUGAUAUCGAGACAAAACUUGAAACAUGUACAAUACCAAAAGCAAUCGCUAAUACAUCAACGGCUUAUCCUAUUCCAAAGUUAAUUAUUCAACAGUCUGAUUUAUUGUCUUCAUGGUCAACGGUGUACCAACAUGUUACAUUGAAGACUGGAUCAAUAGAAGUUCUGAUCGGUGAUAUAGCUACGCAAAAGGUUGACACAAUUGUUAUUCCUUGUGUAUCUUAUGGGCUCAAGGAAAGUCUUAUUGAACGAGCUGGUAAAAUAGUACCACAACCAUCGGAAAAAAAUGUCAAGAAUUCAAUUCCAUUCAUUACUGAAACUACAGCUGGUAGAUUGUGCUGUAAACAGAUUCUAUUCGUAAAUUGGUCAUUAUCAAGAAUGCCGACGACUACCACUGACAAUGCGCUACGUGAAUCUGUACGAAAUUUCAUUUCAAACGUAAUUCAAUAUAUUAUCACGAGAAGCAAACAUUCAACAGAUUCAGGAGCUCAUUCAAUUGCAUUUGCAGUUCCAGACUCGUGCACCAACGAAAAUCUAUUAGCUGAGGAAAUGGCCUUUGAAACGCAGCGUCAAAUUCAAUUCACAGCAUCCAUAUUACUAAAAGUCUCAUUCAUUUUAUCACCUGAUAAAAAAACGUUACAUAAAGAAUUUUCAUCCGUAAUUGCAACGAUGAAAACAACCAAUAAUAACAAUAAUAAUUAUGGGAUGUUUUUCUAUCCAGUAUCAACUACUACAAUUACAAUAACAUCCUCAAAUACAGAAAAUUUAAGCAAGUGUCAAAAAAAAAUGUAUGAUUAUAUGAAACGAUGUAUGUCUGAACAAGUGUUGAAUGGGUUCAGGAAUUGGAAUCAAUAUUCUAUCAAUGCCUAUUACAAAUAUUGUAUUGACAGAUGUAUUUUACCACAAAUGAAUGAUGAUCAACAAAUCGUAUUGAAGGGUCCCAUCAUUAGUGUACAAGAAGCGAAACAAAAAUAUCAAUUAACAGUUGCCAUUGUGCAAGAAAAAAUGCAUAUGCAACAAUCUUUACUUGCAACAUCAGAAUCAAUAUCAGCUAUUGAAUGUCCAGCAGCAAAUAUUAUAUCGACAGCUGAAACUUCGGCAUGCUACAAUGUAAUGUUAAGUUUUUGCCCAGAGGAUUCAAUUUUAUGUCAUCAGUUAACAAAUCGUCUCGUGGACGAAGGUUUCUCACUAUCGCUAAGUUCUGACGGAGUAAGCGAUCACAGUGAUGUAUUGUGUCAAAUGAAGAAAUCUGAUUGUAUUAUUCUUUGUAUCAGUGAAAAUUAUUUUAAGGAUGCAAAUUGUAAAAGAGAAGCAAUGUAUGCCAAUCAAAUUAGCAAACCAAUCAUUUUAGUUAAAAUUCAAAACUGUACGCCAAUUAAUUGCCUACGACAAUUACUACAGAACCAUUUAUGUUUUCAAAUGUACGGAUCAGAAAACCAGUUAGAUCUAGUGUUCGAUAAAUUGCUGUUGCAAAUUUUUCAAUACACCCGCCCCGCUAACAACUAUCCAAGACAGCAAACGUCCAGUAGGAUAAAUCUAUCAGCACAGAAUCUGAUGGAUAUACAACAUCGAGACACAAUGAAUUUAUAUCCUGCACUAAGCGCUGAACAGCGAAAAUUAGUAUAUCGAAUGAAAAUAGAUAAUUUAGUCAAUUCAAGAAAAGACGAGCUAACGGAAGACGAAAGAAGCGUUGCCAUUGAAAAAGUACAAGAUAUCAUACGUGAAGCGGUAGAUCGCUGUACACUCUACGUAACGAAAAGUCAGUAUCAGCAAUAUUCUUCAAUUCAAAAUAAUGAACAAUACGAAAUAAGAAAAAAUCAAAUGGAACAACAGAUAUAUCUAGAUGUUGGAAUUUUAUCCUAUAGAAAUUGGUUAAAACAGGCUUCGAAUCUAAAGACCAAACAAAAUAUUGCACCAUUUACUAUUUCUGGUGAUAUCAAUGAUGCACUGUUUCCAAUGUUAACUGAAGUUUUGAAAAAUCCCCCAUUAUUGCUGCGUCCCUAUACAAAGCAGUCCUCACCGUGGACAAGUAACUUUUCCAAGAUGAACUUAUGGAAAAUUGGAUAUACGGGACCCUGCCAUCGAUGGACCUGCUAUUAUGGCGGUGGAUCGAUGUAUUACUACAAGUCCUAUACUAAGUAUGCAGAUUAUCAACUCAUCCGCUAUACGCCCUGGGGAAUAACAACUGAAGAAGAUAUAAGAGAACGACAUGAAAUGGUCGAUUCGAGCAAAAUGUUCAAGCGACGAAGAGCCCUUGGGGAAUAUUUUAUAAAAAAUUAUCAACAUAUCACAGAAGAGAGCUUGAAAACAUAUGCAGACUUUGCAAAGCGAAUGCAAGACAAUGCCAAUGAGUUAGCAAGAUUGUGUGAGAUAGAUACUGAUACGCUGCGAGAACAAUCAAAACAAAAAACACAAGCAUCUUUAGCAGCUAUAUUUUCUUUUAAUACCGAAGGUAACGCGUCAGAACAACCAAUAACAACUUCAAAAAUUCAAAAUACACCAGAAAUUUUACGACAGUCAUCCCUGAAUGCGAACAAACAUGCCAACAUGGAUAACAGAGCGUUUAUUUUUGAAAUUAUCCUUUGA